CAAUUUCCUUAUAGUUCCCGCACAUCUUGCCCUCGUCAAUUGGCUUUCCUUUAGUUCUAUCUUUGCAGAGAUAAGAUUUCUCUCAGCAGUUGGUAGAUUUCUUACCUGCACGCACGCAUACAUGUAUCAGCACACGACGCAUUAGUCAAUGGAUGUGUGUGAAGGCAGGCGUACCGGUGUGGUGGCCGUCGGCCGCCGUCAUGAUGGUGCGCUGGGCGUUGUCGGUGGCUUGCAUGGCCAUCAUGAUGGCGGACAGCUCCUUGGCGGCCGUGCUGAGGCCAUCGAGGGCGGCGGCACUCAGCUCGUGGGCCGCAGCGGUGAGUUUCUUGGCCGACUGGUGGAGGGCCUUGCCGGUCUGGAUCUGCUGCUGCAGCAUCGACCACUCACCAGCACCCAACGCACCACCUGCACGCACACAGAGAGAGGGCGCCAUGUGUGCAGCACAUAUGUGCAUACAUAUGGGUGUGGGGGACGUCCCGUUACGUACCGUGCUUGUUGGCGGCCGUAGUCGUGUGCUUAGUGGCCUGGAUCUCCUGAGAGCGGCCGACAAACGACGCACCUGCACACAACCGACGGACAAGUCGAAUGAACGGCACAUCCAUAGAUCUCACAGAUAGAUCCGCCCACCGUAUGUGUCGGUAUUGCAGUCCUUCCCCUCGCAGUCGGGACCGUAGCUCCACAUCUCUGCGGCCAUAGUUUGCUAUCCAGCCA